AUGGCUAUGGAUGUUACGACGGAGGCUUCCAACGGAAUGCCCUUUCUUGAAAACUCCCUGCCGAGCGUUCUUCCGGACAGCUUCGCCGAAGGAACGGUUGCUUGGUCAAAAUCUGGCACCAUAGCCUCCAUCACUCCCGAUGGUCUCUAUGUUGAGUUCAGGUUUCUUCGCUGCAAUCCUGAUGACGGCUCCUGGCAACUCGGUGAGCCUACGCGGUGUGAUCUACUCUCCGGCUCCGACACGGUCCCUCUCGUCCACCUGGCCUGGAGUCCUACUGCUGUCCCCGAGCUAGCCGUGUUGGACGGCGUGGGCCGGCUCUCUCUACUCGCCUUCCCCCACGCUCUCAACAAGGCCCACCUCUCCCGGAAAUGGGACGCGGAUCUAGUGGAUGAUCUGAACGCUGUUGUCGGUUGCCACUGGCUAAACCUCAUGCCGCCGAGUCGUCAAUUCAACGUCUUGCACGGACCUGCCGUCAAAGAUAACAACAAAUACCGCUAUGAGACCUCUUUCAUACACAGCUUUGGACCCUACCAUCCAAAUGCCACCAAAAGCUCCCUCCUCUGCGUUACUACCAACGGCCAGCUCAAGCUAUUUUAUUCACAAAACACUGGCCGGAUUGAGGAGUUGCCGAUGGAUAUCGAGCGGAUUGGUAGCACUGACGACAUGAUAACCCAUGCAUCAAUCUGCACGGACAAGAACUUCCUAUAUCUUGCCCUGGCAACCGCAUCUCGCCAACUGAAGUUGGUCAAGGUCACGUUGCAAUGGGGCCAGGCCGCCAGUGAUAAGCCGGGUGUGGUGAACCCCUUGCACCCCACGCUCGUCGAACGACACCUAGCCUCAACGAGCUGGCACCAGUACGGGCCCAACGAUUCGCCCUUUGAUUCCGCCAUGACGCAAAUCUCCCACAUCGAAGCUCUACCCUCCACCCUCGAAAACGACGGCCAAGCUUGGUCGCCUCCGCUAAUCUUGACCGUUCGGUCUUAUCUCCCUUCACCAGACUCACCGUAUCAAGAAGUAGCCAGCAUAAUCGACAGGUGGCAGGUCUUGGUCGACCAGCCCCAAACCGUCCAUCCGGCGUUCGCCUCCUUGGGAGGGCAGAGGCAAACCCCCACCUCUGAUGUGCAGCCGGCGACACGACUCCAAAAGGGCGAGCCGCUUACUUUUAACAAAGUGAUUGUGGGCCUCCAAGUCUUGCAGUUCGGCAAGGUUCUGGGCAUCUCAUUUUCCGAUGGAACCCUCGAGUACCGCGACCGCCUUACCCUGAAUGAAAUUUAUCACGAGCCUAACGUGGAACGGAUCGGGAACCCUCACCAAGUCGCGGCCGAUGGUGCGCUGAAAUGGAAGCAUCUCCAAUUCAGCGAGGAGGAUAUCGGAAACUCCACACAAGAUCCCCAAUACUCACCCGUCAUUGCUGCCCUCACCGUGGCGACCGGCGCUGCCAUCUACUACAUGUCAACCUUUGAUGAUAUACUGGCUGUAGCCCGGCCAUUUGCCGACAAGAAGCGAUUCAACUAUGACUUUGCCAACGACGUCUUGUCGAUGCUCAAAGUUACGGUAGAUUACUCCGAGGAAAGUCACCACGAUAAUCUCGUACGAAACACUCACCUGCAAAUGUGCCUCAGCAUACUAGCGAACCUGGGCUUCCACGGCCAAUAUCACCCACGCACAUUUGGAAGUAAAUUCUCUACUUUAGCCUUGAACGCGAGAAACAUUGUGAUUCUCGUGACAAUCGCGAGCAACGCCCCCAGCCAUCUUAAAGACAGGCUAAGCCCUCUCGAUGAACCUGAGGUCAUCGAAGCCCUUGCCGGAUGCGCAAAGUGGUCCAUCGACCUCAUAUCAUGGCUCGCGGACAGCCUCUUCUCGCUCCUAGAUGACCCGAAAUUUACCGCGCUGGUUAAGGACCCAGCCAAGUUUAGCGCCGUAACAGCCUACUUGCAAGAGAAAAAUGACGUGGCGCUCCACCUCCUCCUCUGCUCUUCGACCAGAGGGCUGCUUGUGGCGGUCUGCCGUCGGCUCCAGCACCUCGAUGCCCUAGGGAACAGGGUGAUUGGGUUCUGGGAGACGCAAGCUUUGCAGCAAGGGCAGCCUGACGCCAAGGUUCCCAACUUCGCCCUCCACCGAGCGUACCAGCGGAUGCAGCAAAUCACAUCUUCGAGCCUCGUCAAGGCUCAGGAGUUUGAGAAGCUACUCGCGCAGCUCGGCAGUGAUAUCCGGUCCACCUACUCGACGGUGCUGACGGCCAUGAUUAGUAAGGCGGUCGGCCAGCCACCACCGCAAGCUGGUGCAGCUAUUAGCAAGCAUCUGGAUACAGCGAUUAAACAGGCUCAGGCGCAGUGCGAGCUCGGUAUGCUCCUCGGAGGGCCCAUCCACCCAAUGUUUCGCAAAGCCCUCGGACAGUUCUUUGCCAGCCAUCUGGCGGGCUUCAAGGUAACGGUCGAUCCUGCCAGGCUCUUCUUCCACGACUAUUCGCUGCUCGAGAUCGCCGCAGAUAGCCCCGAAAGCUUUGCCAAGAAGCGGGCCGGGGCGGUCUACAUUGACAUGUUUCGUAAAGUAGAGAUCUCGCCGGGCCAGGCAGACCAGCACCCUAAUGGCAACGACGGCGGGGCCAGCGGCAGGAGCAAUGGUCCGGUCUGGAGCGGCCUGUGGCGUCGCUGUGUGAGUGUGUUCUGGGGUAUUGAGUUGGCGACCCAGGGCAUCAUUGCCACCAUUGAUAGGUCUCCUCCCCUCCUACAGGCCUGCUAG